AGCAGUACCUUUGUUAGAAACUAAGAGCUCAGGUAACACUAGGCCAUCUAAAGCCAUAAUUAACCUAAAGAAAAGACGCCCCCUGCCUUUGGCUCGUGUUAGCUCGUGGUGGUUGGAAGUUGCAGGAAAAUAAGAACCUAACCAUUAUAGAAUUCUUGACAGCAAAGGUGAAAAAAUGUCCCUGUAAAUUUUGUCUCUCCUUUAUCUCAAUUCACUCGGGGUACAAAGCCAUUCCAUUCCCCUGUCCACGAAAAUGGAAGAAGCCCCAUCUGUUAUCAUGGAAAGGGCAGGAAAAAUCAUCAGGUUGUCGAUCCAUACCUUUCUCAAAGAGUUUCAGUACUUCACCACCACCCCAGUUCUUCUUAUGCUACCUUUCUCGGCCUCCGUUCUCCUAUCACUGGCCGUUUUCCCGUCUUCUUCUUCCCCACCUUUUUCGAUCAUUCAUGCUCACUUCAAAUCACUUCUCCAUGCUGCUGGAUUUUCCCUCUCUUGGUUAUUGGUUUCGCUGUUCAAUCUGAAUCUUUCACUAAUCAUUUGUUACUAUCUUCUCUGUCUCCCUUUGAUACUCUCCUCCUUUGUGAUCGGGAAAGCCUCUAUAAUUCAAGCUCUGAAUGGCCAUAGACGAUCUCUUCCACUACCCUUUUCCUCUUUCAGAUCGCUUUACAAGCCUCUGCUAAUAACCCACCUGUGCAAUUUGAUCCUCAACAUCACCAUCAAUAUGGCUGCCAUGAAUACAAUCAGAACUUUUGUGUUCUUAUUCAACAAUCCUAUUUUUUUAAUGGUUACCAGAACUGUUUUCUACAUCAUACUCGCCAACAUGAUGGUUGUAGGCAACUUGGCUUUGGUUGUGGCUGGAAUGGAGAAUUGCAUCGGCAUCUGGGCCAUUCGUAAGGCUUUAUUGCUUAGAAGGGGAACAAAUUCAAUGGCUCUUUUGUUGGCUCUCCCUCUGAAUUGUGGUCUAGCUGCUACUGAGGCCUUGUUCCGCUUCCGGGUUGUAAGAGCUUAUCACCUUUACGAAAGGCUCACUGCAUCUAUGGCCUUGGAGGGGCUUUUCGUUGCUUACUUGUAUUCACUCCUCCUUGUCCUUGAAACAAUUGCUUGUUGCUUGUUUUUCAAGAGCUGUACAUCAAUUUUUUGGACAGAUGAAAUAGAUGGAUACUACGAUAUCGAGCUUCCCAAAGAAGAAGACGAGCACCCCCCUUCAAAGUUAAGGACUUGAGAACUUCCAUGAAUUGCUUCCGCAGUACUGCCAACCAGACUUGCCUAAACUCUUGUACUUACAAAUGAAAUGCAGAGUCCUGUGUAUUAAAACGGACCGAUCUAGUUAAAGAAAGAACAAGUCCGUUUGUUCAGCUAGGAGAUUAAAAACAACACUUGGCAGAAAACUGAUCGAUGCAGUUAAAAGCUUGGCUUGAGCCUUGAGCCAUACCAGGUGGUGCCAAGAAAGCAAACCAUCUCCAGAGGGCACACAUGUUGCUUGAUGUCAACGUCGAUACAACUAUGUAAAACCAAUAUUCAAGAAAUUUUCAGCAGCACCCUCCAAUAUGUCACAGGCAUUCCCCGCCCAACUUGUCAAGACAUGAAGUGAUUGAAGCGACUAUGGACACAGUCUCAGUGCAGGAACCAUAAACUAUAUCCACUCGCAUUCCAAUGCAUUGUUUGUAGGGAAUGGGAUGAUUAAUACUCACAUUUGUGUAUGCUGAAACAUUGCUCGAUCAAGAACAAGUGGCCCCAACUCUGAUGGGUUGUCAGCUGAA